ACAAACUAAAACUAUUGAUCAAUAUCACAGAACAUCACAACAUUAUAAUAUAUUUUCAUCUCCAGAAUAAACCACUUACGACCACGAGUAUCUAAAAGUACGUAGAGGUAGACGUACUUACAUAAGUUUUUACUUUUACCUUUCGUUAGCAUUAGCUUUCCUGUAAAUAAGGAGCACGAUCUCCCAAAGGAAACAAGAUGAACGACCAAGAAGCGAUGUCACAGGUGAGCCAGAUGGCUUCGUUCAUUUUGAACGAAGCCAAGGAGACGGCCUCCACGAUGAACCAGAAAACAGCCGAAGACUUCAAUAUCGAAAAAUUGAAGUUGGUCCAAGGAAUGAAAGAGAAGAUCCGUACUUUAUUUAGUGAAGAGCAGUUCAAGUUCAUCUUGGAGAUGAUGUUGUAGGUGAUGCAUUGUCUCUGUUUUGGUAGUUCUGGGUGUUUCUUGUUGGGUUGAAGCAAGUGUCCGUCGAUCUAGUAUCACGAGGUAGUCGAAAAUUUUGCUUUCAUCUUCUUCAGGAAAAUUACACGUCACGCUCAGAAGUCCUUUAUUUUUUAUCUCCCACAGGUAGUGAAAUGGCAGAUAAGAAGAAGAAGGAAGAGACGAAAGUUGCGAUUGCACGGUCAACGGCGAUCAACAAGGCCAGACUGAAAAAAAUUGAAGCGAGGCAAUUGUGUUAUGAUGAAAGAUAAGUAGAACUUCUUUGUGCGUGAUGAUGAAGGUGAAGGAAGGUGGUGUGAUAACUUCUGGGGCACCGAAUAUAGAAUGACGAUGGAAACGAUCCAAGAAACUUCUGAUUCAACAAUCUAGUCAUGCUACGAGAGAAAAGUUGAUACAUGGACCCUUCAUCUGCCCAUGGACACCUUAGCUGGCGAAGUCGCUACGAAAUUGAAGGAAGUUUCGAAGGCAGAAGCCAAGUACAAGCAAAUCCUUGUGGACCUCAUCGUCCAAGGUUGCUUGAAGCUUAUGGAGGAAGAGGUAAUAAUAUAAUUUUAGGUUUUGAGGAUGAUCCCACUUUUUUGACGUGAACUCGUCCAAUCAUGAGAAGUAGCUGGUUUUCUAUGAUCCUCUUCGUAGCAUGCACAACACCUCCAUCUCCAAAUGGAGAGCUACAUUACCGCAGAAGGUGAAGAUUCAAAGCAUCUCGCAGUUCGUUGUAAAACAAGAACCCUGAGGACACUACUAACUUGUUCUUCUCAUCCCCCCUCCCUGCCCAGGUCUCUGUCAAGUGCCGACAAGCAGAUAUGAACAUUGUGAAGAUGAUUCUGGACCAAUCGGCACAGGCAUUCUCAAAACUCAUCGCAAAGGCUGUCAACGUUCGUGCCAACAUCAAGCUCACGAUUGAUCCAACGUACUUAUAUUGCUUGAUAUUUAUUCCACUUCUGAUUGAUUCUUUUUAUUAGAAGUGGUAUAUAUUCCACUUAUCUUCUGAUUGAUUCUUUUAGAUGUGGUAAAGGUAAACAUUUUUACAAAUACAAACUUCACCAGUGUGAAUGGUUCCGGCAUUUGGUAACCUGAAUUCGAUCGCAGGAAUUGUUCUCUUCUUGUUUUUCCUUACUCAUCACGAUCUUAUUUUUUUACCAACAACUUAUUUUUUUAUUCAUCCUUUACUACAACAACAUUGAUCUUUCCCAAAUCCCCGCAUCAGUCCAUUGUCACCCACCUGUCUUGGCGGAGUGGUAUUGUCAUGCCAGGGAGGCAGCAUCACUGUGGACAACACCUUGGAUACCCGACUGCGACUGUGCCUGGAGAACGACAAGCCAGCCCUUCGUAAGAUGAUCUUCCCCAACUAAGUCGUGGCGCGAGAAUAGUGUCUCUCUGUCAGUGUGUAGGAACUGUGCCAUGAUAUGUCUAAGUUUUAAAGGAAAAGGAAGAAUACACGGAUGAUAGACCAAGACUAUUACAAGCGGCAACUAUCAUGAGUAAACAAUAACAAGGUAGUCGAACAAAUAUAUUCAUAGUCGACUUAAUUCUCAAACCGAUCAGGAGUUGAACCGUCUGUGUCCACCGCUUUAGGAUCUUCUACCAUUUCCUCACAUUUGCGCAAACUCGAGCUUAUAAAGUAUCUCUCUCCGAGAACAGAUACGACCAGGAGUACUGGGAAACCACUCACUUCAACUUCUCAACUACAUAGACUCCACAUUUUCAAUCGUAGCUUUUGUUGUAGACUCGAGGACAGGGCGACUACGGUCACUUCUCAGAAGUGAUGGCUGUUAUCCUGUAAACCAGUAUCCAUCAGACAUGAUUUUUUCAACAGUCUUGAAGGACAUGAUCAAAAGUUCUUUAUGCUGCAGGUCAUCUAAGUCGUCAAGAAAUAAUCAAGCGAAGAAAAAAGGAUGCGAUCUUGAGCUGGCUGACCACAAGAGGAAGUGGUCUCUUAUUUGUUCG